AGAGACAGUUGGAAACCCUCCCUCAAGGUCUGUUUAUCCUCUUAACUAUAUUUGUUCUCCCUUAGACGAAAAUAUGCAAAGCACAGUAAGGUUUUCAAGCUGCCGAGGUGUGGCUUUUGAGGUCAAACCACAUGCAGAUCCCUUUGCCAUCAAAGCACCCACACCAGAAGAGUCCUUGAGCAACAAGAUAUCUUGGCUCGGCUCUUCCAAAGUGUUCCCUUCCUUUACUUUCAGGUCUAUAAGUAAAAGCAGCAGCCACUUUUGUGAUCUUGACCCCGAUGACGAACACCAAGAUAUAGAUAUUGAUAAUUUGGAGGUUGUGGAAGAAGGGAGCGACUUUGAGAAACAAAUCAAGCAAAGCCCACUUCCACUUUUGGCUGCUAGUAAGCAUGAUCAAGCAUCAUCAAAGCCUGCAGCUCAAAAGAAACAUUCGAGGCUGUCGAUUAUACUCCUCGAUCAAGGGUUGUUCACAGUGUACAAGCGACUCUUUGUUGUUUGCUUAACUCUAAACAUUAUUGGCUUGGUCCUUGCAGCCAUGGGACAGUUCCCAUAUGCGAGGAACAGAGCUGCACUUUUCUCAAUUGUGAAUAUUCUUGCUUUAACACUGUGUAGGAGCGAGGCUUUCUUGCGUGUUGUGUUCUGGCUAUCAGUCAAGAUGUUGGGAAGGUCAUGGGUGCCUCUCCUUCUUAAGACUGCCACAACAUCUCUUCUCCAAAGUCUCGGAGGGAUACAUAGUGGUUGUGGUGUCUCUUCAAUUGCAUGGUUGAUAUAUGCCUUAGUCCUAACUCUCAAAGAUAGAGAAAACACUUCCCCUGAGAUCAUAGUUGUAGCCUCCACCAUUCUUAGCCUUCUCUGCCUAUCUUCUUUGGUUUGGGCCUUUAUUAUCCUCUCUAUUUCUUAUGAUUCCAAAACCAAAUCCUACAUGAAUGACCUUGGCUCCAGGUUGAUCAUACGACAAGAGUUUUGGUUCACAAUAGCCAUCACUCUGUUAAUCAUGUUGCCAUGGAUGACGGUGAGACGUGUCCCCGUUGAGGUCUUUAAUCCUUCAGGCCACGCCUCGAUCAUCAAGUUUGAAGGCGGAGUUAAAGCUGGCUUAUUGGGUAGGAUUAGUCCAUCCCCUUUAUCCGAAUGGCACGCAUUUGGCAUAAUUUCUGAUGGAAAGAAAGAGCACAUGAUGCUUGCUGGUGCUGUUGGUGAUUUCACAAAAUCCUUGGUGAUGAAUCCUCCAAGCCAUUUAUGGGUUCGAAAAGUGCACUUUGCUGGCUUGCCUUAUCUUGUCAACAUGUAUGAUAGAGUUUUGUUGGUGGCAACUGGUUCAGGAAUUUGUGUGUUUUUGUCAUUCCUGUUGCAACCAUGUUCGGCUGAUGUGCGCUUGGUUUGGGUGGCCAAGGGAAUUGAACAAAACUUUGGAAAGGAAAUCAAAGAAAUGGUAAGUGGGUGGCCAAAAAACAAGGUGAUUGUCCAUGAUACUGCUGUGUUUGGUCGUCCUAAUGUAUCUCAAUUGAGCGUUGAUGCUGCUAGAAAUUGGGAAACUGAAGUAGUUAUUGUUACCAGCAAUCCAGAAGGAAGCAGGGAUGUUGUUAAUGCGUGCAAGGGUGCAGGAAUUCCUGCCUUUGGUCCCAUAUGGGAUUCGUAAAUCCCUUAUCACUCUAUACUCAAUAAAACAGUUGCCAUAUGUAAAACUAACAUUUU